AUGACUGCUGAGGAACAGGAAGCAAAACAGUGGGAUGAUCUUAUUCUUAAGAUGGAUGACAUGAAUGUUGAUGAUGCCAAGAUGGUGAGGGCACGAAAUAAUGGAUGUGGCAGUAAUCAAAAUAAUGGACAUAAUAAAGGUAACAAUGGCAAUUAUGGAAGUGGAAAUGGUGGAGGUAGGAAUAGUAAUAAUGGUAAUAAUAAUGGAAAUAAUAAUGGGGGUGGAAAAAAUGGUAAUAAUGGAAACUAUGGCAACAAUGGUGGAUUCAAUAGAGGAAUUUUGAACAAUCAAAGCAACCAUCAUGUUGGCAGGCAACCCUUAAUCAUUGAAAGAUACAGACAAUUGGAUUUCACUGGCAUCGUUGGUUAUCCAAAUCAAAUCACUAAUGAUUUGAGAUUAGAAAUCCCAAAAUUCUCAGGAAAUGGAGUUGAUUCAGCAGAGCAGCAUGGGAAUGGUAUAGAAGCCUUCCUGACAGAUGUAUUUGCAGCUAGCAAGAAUUUGUAA